AUGAAGGGGCCUUUAGAUCGAACCAAGGUGGUGCUCCGCCACUUGCCGCCUUCAAUUUCUCAGUCGUCGCUCAUGGAGCAAGUUGAUUCCCGCUUCUCUGGCCGCUAUAACUGGUUCUCUUUUUUUCCUGGCAAAACAAGUCACAACCACCAGUCCUAUUCUAGAGCUUACAUCGAUUUUAAGAGAGCAGACGAUGUUAUUGAAUUUGCCGAGUUUUUUGAUGGACAUGUCUUUGUCAAUGAAAAAGGUACUCAAUUUAAAACAAUUGUCGAGUAUGCUCCAUCACAGCGUGUUCCGAAGCAGUGGUCUAAAAAAGAUGGAAGAGAAGGAACUAUAUUGAAAGAUCCUGAAUAUAUGGAGUUUCUUGAAUUUCUUUCAAAGCCUGUUGAGAACCUUCCAAGUGCAGAGAUUCAGUUGGAGAGGAAGGAAGCAGAGCGAGCUGGUGCCGUAAAGGAGGCUCCUAUAGUUACUCCUUUAAUGGAUUAUGUCCGUCAGAAAAGAGCAGCAAAGAGUGGAGUCCGGAGGUCUGUUUCUAAUGGAAAAUCUGCUAAAAGGAUUAGUAGAGCAACUGAAAGUUCUAGCUCUAAUUCAUCUAAACGUGUUUCAGACAAGAGGAGGAUAUCCACUACAACCAUGUAUGUGCUAAGGGACAGCUCUAAGGGCGUCAGCGGAAAAGACAAAUCUGCGUAUGUUUUGGUUCCUAAAAGGGAUGAUCAGCUUUUAUCCGAUAAAUCUACUUCUGCUGCUACACAUGGAAGUGGUCCAGGGGAAGAGGAGAAUGGAAACUCUGGGAAGAAGAAAAUUUUGCUUUUGAAAGGAAAAGAGAAGGAAAUUCGUCAUAUAACUGGGGGCUCACCUAUCCAACAAAGUACUAAUGCUCCUGCUAAGACUUCUCCUAGCUCUGCUGUGAAGCAGAAUCAGAGACGUGAGGCCAGUGGGAAGAUUAUAAGAAGCAUACUACUAAAGGAUAAUCGUCAAUCUUCUGUGAUUCGAUCUGAGCAGCAGAGCCAGGCAUCAAAUAUGGAUAAGGAUAGAAGACCUCCUCGCCCACCUAGUGUGUCCUUGCUUCAGAAGGAUGGAAAUGUAGAUGACAAGGUUCAUGCUGAUUUUCAUGGUCAACACAGCGAGAAGCAAGAAAGACGCUCAAGGAACAAGGAUAGACCUGAUCGUGUUGUUUGGACUCCUCUUCGUCGUUCAGAUGGUUCACAUACAAGUGACGAGUCCUUAUCAUCAUCUGCUUCUCAAUCUGUAGCAGAUUCUGCUGAAGGAGCUCAACUUGAAACAAGGAAUGAAAUGCCAAGUGGACGCAGUGGGGAGUCCAGACAUGGUGGUAGCGGACGUGGUAGUUAUUCUUCUGUCGACAAUGGGUCUUACAAACAUGGUGGUCGCCGCGGGUCUGCACAUAUAAAGGAUUCUGAUGAUUCUUCAUAUCUGGAGGGAAAGCCCUUAAGAAGGGCAGGGUCUUCUGGUCACUAUGAGAAACAAGUGUGGGUUCAGAAGUCAAGCUCUGGUUCUUAG